UUCAGCAAGUAUGGAGGCAGGGGUAUACAUGCGUCAUAGUUGUGUAUCGUAAGUUCACAUUUAAAAGUCUAGGCAUUCUCUGGUUGACUGCCUGAGAAACCCCCUGUUUUUUUAAAAAAAAUCCUUUCCAGCUGAGCAAGGUUUUUCUCUUUCUAUCUUAAACUUUUCUACAUUCCAAAUUUCUCAAAUCACAUAGCCAUAUACAGUAAGGCCCCCUUUCAGCUUCUUCCUACACAGUUUCAUUUGCCCGUGGUUACUUCUACUGGAAGCAUUUGUGAGUAUUAGGCUUGUGCAUUUCAGCGGAACCUCGAUCUGUUUCUGCUGGGAAAAUUUCGAGAGAUCCCCAGAUCUGUUUUCACACGCCUCCGGAAACUGGGCUGGUAGUCGAAUAGCCAUUUUUGGUCCACAGUUGAAAAAUGCAGCUAGAUCCAGCCCAUUGGCAAUAAGGAGGGGCCAAGGAGGAGCCAUGACCAGCUGCUCCGUGGUCCAUUUCAACUGGAAAAAAAACAUGACAGCUGAGCCCAGCCAAACAAGCCGGAUUAGCCAAAGGGAACCAACCAAACCGAAUUCAUGCACAAGCCUAGCGGGCAUCUCUUAGUACUCCAACACAACUUUGUGUUGUGCUAGAGCAGAAAGUUAACUAGCAAGGUAGCAAGAAGAGAAAUGUUGGGAGCCUAUCAGGAGCAGGUGAGCAGAAAGGGGCUUCUCCAAUCAUGGGAAGCAUUACAUUUAGAAAAGACAUCAAUAUCAUAUGAUAAUGAAAAUGAAAGUAGAGCUUUUGCUUCAUUAGAAUACCAGAAGCCAACUUUUGUGUAGGUAAUUACUGCCUUUUACCAAUCUUAUUUAAGUGUACUUUGCUCCCGUCUAUUUCAAAUGAAGCUUUUAAGACCCUUUUAAGACAAAUUUAUUAAUAGAGGUUAAUCAUGUGUCUAUUGCAGUGUUCACUGGUUCUGACCAAUUAAGAAGCAUAAUUAAAUUUCUUCAUGGCACUACCUAAUCAGUAACCAUACAAUUAGCUCUAUUCACUGUGAUUUUGAACAAAGGGCUUAUUUCUUAUCCUUAAUGGGGAUGACAAGUUGCUAUUUGCUUGUGUGUUUUUAUAUUAUGACUAUUUCCUGCCUUUUCAAUAUGAGGUCGCAUCAUGGACACAUAACUGAGUUGAAUAUCUGUGAAUUUUGAAUAAAUUGUAUUCAGGUAAUGAGUAAUAAGGGGGUGGUCCAUUCUCUAUGGAAGGGAUAUGAUUUGGAAAGUACAGUAACUUAUUUUUUAUUUGAAACUAGCUAAACCCGGCCACACUGUGCUGUGGCAUUUUUAGUUUGUCUUUUUUCUGCAUAAACAUUAAGAUCAGACAGGUUACCAACUCUAGAGCAUGCGACAUAUAAUUGCCCAUGAGAGAAGCUUUUUUUUCUAAUUUCAGCCCACACACUUGCAAAGAUUGCCCCUGCGUUUUAUUGAUAGCCAUUGCGGACGCAAUGCGUAUUGGUAAUUGAAGUUAUUUGAACUCAAACACAAUGUUAGUUGGAGUGAGUGGGAUUCCCAGGGCGUUUACCCCCAACUCCUGUGUGUAUGUUGAGUUGGCCAUGUUGGGUCUGUGUGGCAAGUUUGGUCCAGAUCCGUUUAUUGGCUGGGUUUUGCACACUCUUGAUAAGGGUGAACUACAACUCCCGUAAUUAAGGUAAAUUCCAACAUACCACAGCAGUAUGUUUAGUUGGUCAUGGGGGUUCUCUGUGCCAAGUUUGGUCCCGGUCCAUUUUCGAUGGGGGCACAAUUUCUCUGGAUUUAGGUGAACUUUAACUCCUGUAAAUCAAGGUCAAUAUCCCCCGAACUUUUCCAGUAUUUUCUGUUGGUCAUGGGGAGUCUGUGUGCCUAGUUUUGUCCAGGUCUGUCAUUUAUGUGGUUCUCUGUAGUUUGUCGCAGCUGGAACUGAAUCGAGUGAAGGUACUGCAUAUCCCAUUAUUCAUGGUCCAUCCUCCUCCUGUUGGCACCAGGACGUGAACCUAGGUCCAGUUUAUUUAGAAGCCGACUCUGGUGCCUAGCCUAUUAGCUAUGAAUUAUUCACGGUUUAUUACUGCAGUAAGUGCAGCAAGAAAAGCAUCACCAAUAAGAGUUCUCACUGAGCUGAUGCAGAGGUCGCCGCCGUCACUAAUCUCCCUGGCUGGAGGGGCACCAAAUCCCAAUACGUUUCCUUUCAAGACGGCCAGCAUUGCCAUUCGAGAUGGAACGACAGUUGAAAUUGGGGAGGAACUGAUGAAGAAAGCUCUCCAAUAUUCUUUCUCAGCUGGCAUUCCAGAGCUGCUGUCUUGGUUGAAGGAUUUACAGAAGAGCCUCCAUAAGCCUCCGACAGUUGAUUAUAAAUCCGAAGAAGGACAAAUGGAGUUGUGUGUCACCACCGGAAGCCAAGAAGGGUUGUGUAAAGUAUUUGAAAUGCUUAUUAAUCCUGGAGACAACAUCCUCUUAGAUGCACCCACCUAUCCUGGGACACUAGCCGCUCUGAGGCCGUUGGGCUGUAACAUCAUCAAUGUCCCCAGUGACCAACACGGUAUUAUUCCAAAAGGCCUGAAAGAAAUUCUUUCCAGGUGGAAUCCAGAGGAUGCCAAAAAACUCAACAACAACCUCCCCAAAUUUCUGUACACAAUUCCUAAUGGCGGAAAUCCUACUGGAGCUUCAUUAACAACAGAUCGAAAGGAAGAAAUUUAUCAGCUUGCAAGGCAAUAUGAUUUCCUUAUAAUAGAGGAUGAUCCAUAUUAUUUUCUUCAGUUUAACAAGCCUUGGGCACCAACUUUUCUUUCAAUGGACACCGAUGGCCGAGUUAUCAGGACUGACUCUUUCUCUAAGAUCCUCUCUUCAGGAUUAAGGAUUGGCUUUCUAACCGGACCCAAACCUCUCAUUGACAGAAUUAUUUUACAUAUACAAGUUUCUACAAUGCAUACCAGCACAUUUACUCAGAUUAUGAUAUCCCAACUUCUUCAGCAAUGGGGACAAAAAGGUUUCCUGUGCCACGUAGACAGCGUGUUAGAUUUCUACAAACAACAGCGGGAUGUGAUGCUUAAGGCAGCAGACAAGUGGCUAAAAGGUUUGGCAGAAUGGCAUGUACCUGCUGCUGGAAUGUUUCUAUGGAUUAAAAUCAAGGGAGUUUCUGAUACACAGGACCUGAUCAUGAAAAAGGCUUUAGAAAAACAAGUAUUACUGGUUCCAGGAAGAGCAUUUAACAUAAAUAGUUCUGAUCCCAGCUCUUAUGUCAGAGCUUCCUUCUCACUGUCUUCUCCAAGUCAAAUUGAUCAGGGUUUCCAAAGACUGGCUGAACUCAUAAGAGAAGCUGUAUGAUACAAAAGUGCUUUCAAUAGCACUUGGAUUUCCAGCUGUGUUGACUACACUGUAUAAUGUACAUUAUUUUUACCUUUUUUCUUUUCAAGCCCGUAUGUUAACAUCACAAAACAAUGUGUUAAGUAAUAUGUGCAGAAAGGCAUUGAUUUACUAAGUUGCCAUGGGAGUUUUCUGCUCACUGGGUGAGACACCAUCUGCCAGUUGAGUUUAAUAUCUUUCUUGCUAUUCUUCUUAUCUCUUUAUUUGCACUGCAAUUGAGAAUUAUGUACUUGUUCAUUUCUGUUCAUAUUAAGAGGAGAUAUUAGUUUGUAAAAUCCAUUGCUUUUUAAAUCUUUGUUGUCAUCUUCUGUGCUUUCCAUUUUAAACAAUUGCUCAAAUGUAUAGACUUGCACUGUAAUAUACCUGUAUGAAUAAACUUGCUUUUGCUGCCUA